CUUUUGGAUAUGCGAGGCUAUAAAUAGACGCUGUGCUGCGAACACAAUCAGCCAUUAUCAUCAGCCUGCAUAUCACAGAGCCGCUCACCGGGACUGCACGGCUUGUGGAGAGAAACAGACUGCGUUGGCUGCGGUUUAAAAAUGUUCGGGAAAUCGCUUCUACAUUUUGGACUGCGGAGGAACCGUGAGCGGUGUCACGGGCUUCAGAGAGUCACCGUUAAUUAUGGGGACAUUCACCGUCGGGACGCAUCUUCUGCCGCCGUGAUGGGUGCCAACGUCAAACCGAAAACUAUGGACGAACUAGGCGGACCAAGUUUUAUGACCACCUUAAACUGGCUGUUUGUAAAGGGGUAUUUCCAAACGACGCAACAAAUGCAGAUUGAGCACAAAAAGAUCUACGGUCCUUUGUGGAAGUCAAAGUAUGGCCCUAUUAUCCUUGUGAACGUUGCCAGUGCCAACCUCAUAGAGCAGGUGUUGAGGCAGGAGGGCAGACAUCCAGUGCGCACGGACAUGCCCCACUGGAGGACCUACAGAGAGCUCAGGAACCAGGCCUAUGGACCCCUGACAGAAAUGGGUGCAAAGUGGCUGCGCAUCCGCAGCAUCCUGAAUCCUCGCAUGUUGAAGCCCAAACACGUCUCGUCCUAUGCCAACACCAUCAACCAGGUGGUGUCAGACUUCAUCGAGAGGGUGGCCUGGCUGAGGGAAACCAGUGGGCAGGGAGUGAUGGUCAAUGACCUGACUGGAGAGCUCUACAAAUUUGCUUUUGAAGGGAUCUGUUCGGUGUUGUUCGAGAGCCGUAUGGGCUGCAUGAACAAAGAAGUGCCCGAGGAAACACAGCAGUUCAUCUUCACGGUGGGGGAAAUGUUCCGCCUCUCCCCAAUCCUCAUCCUCUUCCCUAAAUCCACCUGGCCCUACCUGCCCGUCUGGAAAAGGUUUGUGGCAGCGUGGGAUUAUCUCUUCAAAGUGGCUGAAGAGUUGGUUCAUAACAAAAUGAAGGAGAUUGAGGAGAAGGUAGACCUGGACCAGAAUGUGGAGGGAGCGUACCUCACACACCUGCUGCUCAGUAAUCAGAUGACGGUCACUGAGAUCCUGGGCAGCAUCACUGAACUCCUGCUGGCAGGAGUCGACACAACCUCCAACACUAUCUCUUGGUGUUUGUACCAUAUGGCCAAGGAGCCAGAAAUCCAAGAAAAGUUAUACCAGGAGGUUAUAAGUGUUUGCCCCGGAGAUAAGGUGCCAGUCAGUGAUGACAUUUCUCAGAUGCCAUACCUGAAGGCUAUCAUCAGAGAGACGCUACGGUUGUAUCCAGUGGUACCAGGGAACGCACGAGUCUCUGUUGAAAAUGAGGUUCUGGUCGGAGAUUAUCUCUUCCCCAAACAUACCCUGUUCCACCUCUGCCAUUACGCUGCAUCCUACGAUGAGAACAUUUUCACUGACCCCCACACCUUUGUGCCUGAGCGCUGGCUGAGAGGAGUGGAGGAGUCCAAGUCCAAGCAGCACCCGUUUGGGUCAGUUCCGUUUGGCUUUGGGAUCCGGGCGUGUCUGGGCAGACGGUUGGCAGAGCUGGAGAUGUAUCUCCUUAUGUCCAGGUUGAUUAAAACCUACGAGGUGAGGCCGGAUCCUGCUGGAACAGAAAUCAAGCCAAUCACCAGAACCCUGCUCUGCCCUGCUACACCCAUCAACCUGCAGUUUCUGGACAGAAGAGGGGAGAAGGAGGAGCCGAGGGAAGCAACCAGAGUCUCCCUGUGAGCCGUUUUAGUAUUCACACUGUGAUGUCUGCCUGUCACCAAGCACUUGUUUAUAACACAUUCACUUCAUGAGGACUGGCUGGAAUGUGACCUCAGCUGAAACAUGCAAAACACAGACUGAUUGAAAAUGUGAAAAGGUUGUACAGAAGGAGUUUUAUUUUAUACAACUUGAUGUCCUUUUGUUCUCAUCUUUUGCUUGGCUCCUAGCAUUUCAUGAAGCAGAUUGUCUCUGUGGUCUUUCAGUGUUUUUAAUGUGACUCAAACAGGAGACAUGAGGAGGUUUUAAGCUGCUGAAUUGGAAUGAGUCAAAUUUAACUACACCGCUAGCUCACUGAAGAAACAUUUUUUAGACAACAGUGAGCUCUAGUGGAAUAAGAUAUCAUGAUUUGGAUAAAAGGACAGAAGUGGUUUUCUUUGUGGUAUCGGUUUAAAACGAGAAAAAAUACAGAAUGUAACUGGCUUUAUCCUUUAAAGUAUGCCGCUAUACUCGGUCCUACAACCAUAUUUACCAGGCGGCCAUGUUGCUAGAAAUAGAUCCAGUAUGUUUUACCUAGCUCUUAUAUAAAUGUAUUCGUCGUAUCCAUUAAUCUCAAAUGUAAGUGUGUGUUGUUGGCUAAUGUUAGCUGUGUUUUUAACUCAGACUAUGGCCAUAUGGCUCUCUGGAUUUUCAUCAUCCAUUGUCUGUGUAGUUUCUUAUCAAUUGGGCGGCUUUAAAAUGAAAACAGUCGAUCAGAUUUGCGAUGUUUGCAUGACUCAAACCUGAGACGUAACAGUAAGACACAAAGAGUAAAGUCUCUGACCUGCUCUCUUGUAAAGUGACUUGAGACAACAUCUGUUAUGAAUUGGCGCUAUACAAAUAAAGAUCAAUUGAUUGCUUGACA